UUCUCCAAAUUGGGUAACUACGAUUUCGUCACCUCUCCUUCAAAUUACUUGGCUAUCGAUUCAAUUCAACUAUGUCUCUAUUACUGGAAGAGAUCAUUCGAUCAGUAGAGGCUUUGCUAAAGCUCAGAAAUCGGAAUCAGAAACCUUAUGUUGACCCGAAUCUAGACCCGGUUCUUCUAGUUCCAGGAAUCGCUGGAUCGAUUCUCAACGCUGUUGAUCAUGAGAACGGGAAUGAAGAAAGGGUUUGGGUUAGGAUCUUUGGUGCUGAUCACGAGUUUCGAACAAAGAUGUGGUCUCGAUUUGAUCCUUCAACUGGUAAAACGAUCUCUCUUGAUCCAAAAACUAGUAUUGUUGUUCCUCAAGAUAGAGCUGGGCUACAUGCAAUUGAUGUCUUAGACCCAGAUAUGAUUGUUGGCCGCGAGUCUGUGUACUAUUUCCACGAGAUGAUUGUUGAGAUGAUCGGAUGGGGAUUCGAAGAAGGGAAAACCCUUUUUGGUUUUGGUUAUGAUUUUCGCCAAAGCAAUAGAUUGCAGGAAACGUUGGACGAAUUUGCUAAGAAGUUGGAAACAGUUUAUAAAGCUUCAGGAGAGAAGAAGAUUAAUGUUAUAAGUCAUUCUAUGGGAGGAUUGUUGGUGAAAUGUUUCAUGGGUCUGCAUAGUGAUAUAUUUGAGAAGUAUGUACAGAAUUGGAUUGCUAUUGCUGCUCCAUUUCGAGGUGCUCCUGGAUAUAUCACAUCGACUUUACUGAAUGGAAUGUCGUUUGUCAAUGGUUGGGAACAGAACUUUUUCGUCUCUAAGUGGAGCAUGCAUCAGUUGCUUAUUGAGUGUCCAUCCAUAUACGAGCUGAUGUGUUGUCCGUAUUUCAAAUGGGAACUCCCUCCUGUCUUAGAGCUGUGGAGAGAGAAAGAGAGCAAUGAUGGAGUUGGAAUCUCUGAUGUUGUUCUUGAGUCUUACCGUAGCCUGGAAAGCCUUGAAGUUUUUACGAAAUCUCUUUCGAAUAAUACAGCUGAUUAUUGUGGAGAGUCGAUCGAUCUUCCUUUUAACUGGAAGAUCAUGGAGUGGGCUCACAAAACCAAGCAAGUAUUAGCCUCUGCCAAGCUGCCUCCUCAAGUUAAAUUCUAUAACAUAUAUGGGACCAAUCUAGAAACCCCGCAUAGUGUUUGCUAUGGGAAUGAGAAGAUGCCCGUUAAAGAUCUAACGAAUCUAAGAUACUUCCAGCCGACAUAUAUAUGUGUUGACGGUGAUGGCACAGUCCCGAUGGAAUCUGCCAUGGCGGAUGGGCUCGAAGCAGUAGCAAGAGUUGGAGUCCCUGGUGAGCACAGAGGAAUUCUCAACGAUCACCGUGUCUUCCGAAUGCUCAGAAAAUGGCUAAAUGUAGGCGAACCUGACCCGUUCUACAACCCAAUAAACGAUUAUGUCAUCCUCCCCACGACAUUUGAAAUGGAGAAAUACCAGGAGAACAGACUGGAGGUUGCUUCCGUGAAAGAAUCGUGGGAUAUCAUAUCGGACGACAACAACAUUGGUACAGCCGGGUCAACCGUGAGCUCUAUAUCAGUAUCUCAACCUGGAAAUGAUCAAAACCCUCGAGCUGAAGCUCAUGCAACCUUAACCGUCCAACCACAAAACGAUGGUAGACAACAUGUCGAGCUCAAUGCUGUAAGUGUCUCUGUUGAUGCAUAAAAACGCAUCUUACCUUUGUAAUGUGUCGUCAAGCGUGUCCUUUAUGUCUGUAUAUAUAACAAAUAAGUCUCAUGCCU